AUGCAAGCAACGCUUCUCAUCGUUUCUUCGCUUUUAGCCAAUGCUUUGAUUGCUCAUGAGGUUUGCCUAUGAUUUUCAUAAAAUUCGCUGACGUAUCGGUUUUUACAGACAAGCUUAUCGCCCGUUGUCCAUAGAUUUAAGAGACAUUGUAGUAACUAUGGGUGCGGCCGAUCUGUCUGCCAAGAAUGCCCUACUUGUUGUGAUAGCCGACCUUUCAACCCGGUUUUCAACAUUAACUUUGUGAGUGUUUACUUUUUUCCCUUUGUGAACCCAUCGAUACUCACUGUUCACAACAAUUAAGAACUGUUGCUCGGCUCCUCGACCAUCUCCCUCCUGUUGCCCGUACGUCCCACCAGUCACAGCUCCACCACCACCACCGGCAUGCUGUCCUCCUGCUCCAAUGCGAGGCCCAGCUUCAUGUUGUCCACCACCAGCACUGUCCCCGGUUAUCUGUUGCAAACAGGCGCCAGUUCCUGAGAAUCCGUGCUGCCAAGCUAUUGCCGAUGUGAUGCCACCAGCCCCAUCUUCUCCAUCUUGCUGUGCCGCCGCUCCUGUUCCCGCAAAUCCGUGCUGCCAGCCCGCUCCUAAGCCGGUUCCCUGCACUUGUGCUGCUCCAAGACCCGUGCCAUGCAGAUGCGCAGCUCCAACCUUCAACAUUGACUGCCCCAACUGUGAUAUGCCGUCUGCAAGGUUGUUAUCAGUUUGAUUACUGUAGAUUACGAUGAAAUAUACUUUCAGGUGCCCGAUGUCGCCAAUGGAAUGCUCGAUGAGAAGAAUGCGCAGGGAUGUUCAUCAACAGAUUCUUCAACAUUUUCACGUGUCUCUUUAA